CCCUCUCCCCGCGUCCUGCCAGGAUAGCGUGCGCUUUGGGAGCCUGCGAGCCACCGCCCGCCCUCGCCGGCCUGUCCCCGCUCCGCCACCCGCAGCGCCGCUCCCUUCGCCUGUUCGAGGCCGCUUGGCGGGGGUGAAUAAACCAGCCGAGCGCGCCAACCCCCCCGCCCGCCUGCCUGUCUUUCCUCCUCCCCUCCCUCCCCCUUUCCUUCCCCUCCCUCCCUGUCCCUUCCUCUCUCCGCCUGGUGCCGCCACCGCCGAGGAGGAGGAACAUGGCGAAAGCGGAGCAGGUCCUCAGCCUCGAACCGCAGCACGAGCUCAAAUUCAAAGGUCCUUUCACAGAUGUUGUCACUACAAACCUGAAACUUGGCAAUCCUACAGACAGAAAUGUGUGCUUCAAAGUUAAGACCACAGCACCACGUAGAUAUUGUGUAAGGCCUAACAGUGGAAUUAUCGAUGCAGGAACAUCAAUUAAUGUUUCUGUGAUGCUACAGCCUUUUGACUAUGACCCUAAUGAGAAAAGUAAACACAAGUUUAUGGUUCAGUCUAUGUUUGCUCCGGCUGAUACUUCAGAUAUGGAAGCAGUAUGGAAAGAAGCCAAACCAGAAGAACUCAUGGAUUCGAAACUUAGGUGUGUGUUUGAGCUACCAGCGGAAAAUGAUAAGCCUCAUGACAUAGAAAUAAAUAAAAUUGUAUCCACAACUGCAACAAAGACAGAUUCUGUAAUGUCUAAAUCAUUAAGUUCUUCUUUGGAUGAUGCUGAAGUUAAGAAAGUAAUGGAAGACUAUAAGAGGCUUCAAGUAGAAGUUCAGAGGUUACGGGAGGAGAAUAAACAGUUUAAGGAAGAAGAUGGACUGCGGAUGAGGAAGGCACCCCAGACAAACAACCCAAUAUCUGCUUCUGCAGCUGCUGUCAAGGAUGAAGGGCUCAGCUCCAGACUACUUGCUUUGGUGGUUUUGUUCUUUGUCUUUGGUGUAAUUAUAGGAAAAAUAGCCUUGUAGAGGCAGCAUGCUGGAAAUUGUAAAUUGGUUUGAUGGUUCUGCCAUAUCAUUGGAUUAAAUUUAUUCAUAACAAUGUUUAAAAAAAAAAAAAAAAAAGAAAA